AUGUCUCCUUGCUACGUGUUCUCGUCAGUAGAAGAACUGACAGAAAUGUUGUUUGGGAUGGUGAUCAGUCAUCAUUCUCGCAAGUGAGUUUUUUUUUUUGGAUUUUCGGAAAAGCAUAAGAGAGAUGAUGUUCACCAAAAACCCUUUUUCUUUCAGAGACUUUGGUCGAGAUGGUGAUCUUUCUCCUCGAGCGGAGAGAAAAUUGGCCUUCAUCGGCGGCUUUGGAUCACUAGAAACACAGGUAAAAUAUCGAAUUUUGAUUGGAGAGCUAACGAAAGCAUCAGGAAAUGACAAAUCUUGUUGCAUCAGAAGAUUUUUUGCAUGAUUUUUUUUUCGCCCAACUUACAAGUUACAGGCUCAAUUUGUACGGCGAAUGAAUUUGUCUUGCGACGGAAGGAACUCCUCGCUCAUCCCGUUUUCCUACGAAGCAGAGAAUCCAAAGUGAGCAUUUCUUCAACUUCUUUCGACCAUUUUUUUUUUUCAGUUAUCGGAACCUCUCAAACGUGGAUACAAUGACAGUAGGACAAUUAGAUAAAAAAAAGCUUUUUCCAAUUUCAGAUGUUGGUCGAGAUGGUGAUGUUUCACCUCUAAAGGUGCGAGAAGGAGCUGUACGAUGACUUCAGGACACGAGAAGAAAUUCAAGUAAGAUAUCGGAUUUUCAUUAUUGUUGAAGUAAGAAACAUGAAAAAUCUCUUUUUUCUCACGAAGAACUUUUUGAAAACCGCGCUGAAUAGAUUAUUGUCCGUUAUUAUUCUGAAUAUGUGGAAAUUCAGAAAAUUCGUACUCGUAAUAUCCGGCCGGUUGGACGGAAUCGCCCGCAAAUCUCGACCGUCCGAAGCUCUGUGA